AAUACCCAGAGUUUAGAUUUUUGUUUACUGCAUUUUCCGCCAUGGCGGGUGGAGGUUUUGGCAAUGAAGGAGGGAGUUUGAAGAGAGCUCAUCUGUAUGAAUACAGGAUUACCAAUUACUUUAUAUUUGCUUGCCUCGUUGGUUCUACUGGGGGAUCUCUUUUUGGUUAUGAUCUUGGUGUUUCUGGUGGAGUGACUUCCAUGGAUGAUUUCUUGAAGGAUUUUUUCCCAAAGAUAUAUAGAAGGAAGCAGGCACAUCUCCAUGAAACUGACUACUGCAAAUAUGACAACCAGCUGCUCACUCUUUUCACGUCAUCGUUGUACUUUGCCGGUCUCGUCUCCACGUUUGGAGCCUCCUAUGUAACGAGGCAGAAAGGACGUCGAGCGAGCAUCCUCGUCGGUGCCGUCAGCUUCUUCCUCGGAGGAGUCAUCAAUGCAGCUGCGGUUAAUAUCACAAUGUUGAUCAUAGGACGGAUUCUUCUCGGUGCAGGCAUUGGAUUUGGGAAUCAAGCAGUUCCCUUGUACCUUUCCGAGAUGGCUCCGGCGAAGCAUCGUGGAGCGGUGAACCAGCUUUUCCAAUUCACAACCUGCAUGGGAAUCCUUGUAGCAAACCUGAUCAACUAUAAAACAGAUAAGAUCCAUCCAUGGGGUUGGAGAUUAUCUCUUGGCUUAGCUACUGUCCCGGCUACACUGAUGUUUAUCGGCGGCCUUGCGUUACCGGAGACGCCUAACAGCCUCGUAGAACAAGGAAAACUUGAAGAGGCAAAAAGGGUGUUGAUAAAAGUUCGGGGUACCCCCAAUGUCGAAGCCGAAUUUGCUGAUCUUAUAGAGGCCAGCGAUGCAGCACGGGCAAUAAAGCAUCCGUUCAGGAACUUGCUGCAGAGGAAGAAUCGUCCGCAGUUGGUAUUAGGGGCUUUAGGAAUCCCGGCUUUCCAACAGCUUACCGGCAUGAACUCGAUUCUCUUCUAUGCUCCUGUCAUGUUUCAGACCUUGGGGUUUGGCUCAGGGGCAUCCCUCAUAUCCUCUGUCUUAACGAGUGGAAUGCUUGUCCUAGCAACACUCGUUUCAAUGGCGUUUGUGGACAGAUUUGGAAGAAGAGCUUUCUUUUUGGAAGCCGGUACAGAGAUGUUCUGCUACAUGAUUGCGGUGGCUGUAACUCUGGCCCUUAAGUUUGGAGAAGGAGAAAAACUUCCACAAGCCAUUGGUUGGUUCCUUGUGGUGAUCAUCUGCUUAUUCGUCUUUGCUUACGGACGGUCAUGGGGUCCCCUAGGAUGGCUAGUUCCGAGCGAGCUCUUCCCGUUAGAGACUAGAUCAGCUGGCCAAAGCAUGGUGGUCUGUGUCAACCUGCUCUUCACAGCUUUGAUAGCACAGUGCUUCUUGGUGUCGCUUUGUCACCUCGAGUAUGGGAUUUUCUUGCUAUUCGCUGGGUUGAUAUUCAUAAUGAGCAGCUUCAUUUUCUUCCUCUUGCCGGAAACAAAGCGAGUUCCGAUCGAGGAAGUGUAUCUUCUCUGGAAGGAUCAUUGGUUCUGGAAGAGAUAUGUCGAAGACGACGACGAAAAGUACAGCAAAAAGCCUACUAUGUAAUAUCA